CUUAACAUGGCGACACAGAGAGCAAAUGGAGUAUAGCUGCUGUUCAAGAAUUUGACCGUACAGGAGAGAUUUAAAUCUGAAGCGAUAACAAAGAUCGAUGUCUGAAGUCUUCCAAAUUUGAAAGAUUCUGCAAGAAGUUUCGACCAAGUUCAAGUAUUUUGCUCUCGUAGAGUUGUGAGAUAUUUUACAAGGCGAAGAAAAUGAUUGCACGAUAUCCAGGUCGAUGGAGGAAAGGGGUUCACCCUGCAGAGAAAAAUGCAGGACAGUGGAAGAGGGCUAUUUCAAGAAUGGUUUUCCUCCAUCAGUAGCAUUCUAAAUCAAAGAGUCAAUGUUAAAGAGUUCUCUGCUCAGUUUGGCUUGCUACAAUCAGAUGAAGAGAGAGUUGCAUUUGGUCUGAGUUUGGCUUGCCUUCAUGAGGUUAUGAAAGUGGAACCUUGUUUCAAUCCAAAGUCAGCAGCACAGUCUACAAGGCUGCGUUAUGAAGGAAACAAACUCUACCAGAAAGAUCGACAUCUGGAGGCACUAGACACUUACACUUGCAGUAUUUUGAAUGCACCCGUAGAUUGUUCCAGCAAUGAAUUGUCCCUUGCUCUGGCAAAUAGAUCUGCAGUAUUGUUUAAAUUAAGAAAGUAUCCAAAAUGUUUGGAGAACAUUCAACAGGCUUUGAGCUAUGGGUAUCCUAUGGAACUCAGGUACAAGUUGCUUGAAAGACGUGGAAAGUGUCUUUCACAACUUGGUAGAAGGAGCACAGCCAUUGACUGCUUUGAAGAGGGUAAAAAGGCCCUUAAUGAGUCCAAGCUGGAUAAAACUAAAAGAGACACUUGGAUGAAAGAACUUGAAAUGGAAAUUUCAGUAUGCAGAUCUCAGGAAUUGAAAGUAAACAAUAGUCAUGAAAAGCCUUCAGAUAUAAAUGCAAAUGAUGAUUAUCUGUUGCAGCAAGAAUUUGCUUUGCCACAACACACCCAUGAAAGGAACACCAAGUUUAGGUCAGCCUCUUGUUGUGUGGACAUCAUCACAUCCCCAAUUGGUUGCCAUCCAGUAGCAACUCAAGACAUUUUUGUAGGAGACAUCCUGGUCAUUGAAAAACCUUUUGCCUCUGUUCUUCUACCACAACAUUUGGAAACACAUUGUUAUCAUUGUUUGAAGCGUGUGACUGUCCCAAUGCCUUGCUGNUUCUGCCAUUGUUCAUAUGAUUUGUCCCAGAUGGGAACCACUUUAAAAGAGUCAACAGAGUUGUUUGAGCAAGCCAUUGAUGCUCUUCUUCUCAAAGCAGAUGUGGAAGGAACCUUGACUGUGUUCCUAUCUCAUCUUGGACUGCUUGAAGAGCUUGUGUGUCGUCCAUGGCAAGAUUACAACAAGUGCCAGGAGGCAAUCAAACAGUGUUACAGUAUUAUGGGAAACUGUCAUGUACUGAAAUGA